CGAAGAUCAUUUUUUUUUGGGGAUUAAUAUGUUUAAUGUUUAAUGAAAAAACAUAUAUAUAUACAUUUUUUUUUAUCAUUUUUUUUAUUAUUUUUAUUAUUAGUAUGGAACCCUAUCAAAGUAUCCUAGAAGAUUUACUACAAACAACUCCAGUUGAAGUGACACCUUUUCCACUUCCCUAUAAACCUAAUAUGAAGCCUGAAAGAAAAUUUGAAAUUCUUUGUAAUGCUUUGAACCGGAUUAAGCAUUUUAACAAUCGGCUUUUACUCCUUGUUCACUUAUAUUAUUUGGGUCGAUUUUUGGAAAAAGAAACUGAGUCCAGUGUGCAGCGCAGUUACUUUGUGCGACAGUUAACUGCACAUUACAGGACCUCUGCUACUAGGAUUUUUUAUAUUUUCGAAAUUCCAGGAGCCAAACAAAUUAUGAGAACUAAAAAGACCAACGUAUCAUUGCUGAGAGAACUUAACACUCAAGAAUAUCAAGGUUUAGUUCUACAAGCUUCGGAAAUUUUCAACGGAGUUGAAAAUUAGGGAGGGGAUGAUGUCAUGUGAUCGUCAUGUGCCACUCCGAAAUUGAUCGAUGUUGCAAAUGUUUAACUUGAUUGACAUGUCGGACAUAAUUAAUAUGCCGAACAUGAUUAACAUGUCGAACCUAAUCAACAUGUUGGUUAUGAUCAACGUAUUGAACAUGUUAGUCAUAUUAUACAUAGUAA